AUGUCCACAUACACCACAGGCUUUCACGACUCUGGAGCAAUUGAUAUCCUCAGAGACGAUUUGAAGGAUGGGUUCUUCGGAGAGGCUGCCGGAGUGAUACUUAAGCUCCGGCAACCAAACACUGGGAUUCAAACAGACAAUAUGCCCUCCAGGGAAUGUGCGAAUUUGAAAGCUGUCAGUGGCUUCUUUAUUGAAGGAGCUGUCCUAGAUUGA